AUGAGCGAUCUCGAUAGGGCGAUCGCCCAACUACGCGCGUGCCGCUUGAUACCCGAAACCCAGGUCCGUGAACUCUGCUACAAGGCACGGGAGCUCCUCAUAGAAGAAGGAAACGUCGUUUGCGUAGAUGCGCCAGUCACGAUCUGCGGGGAUAUCCAUGGCCAGUUCCACGAUUUGAUGGAACUCUUCCGGGUCGGAGGCGACGUUCCCGACACCAACUACCUCUUCAUGGGCGACUUCGUCGACCGCGGAUUCUAUUCCCUUGAAUCAUUCCUGCUCCUUCUCUGUCUCAAAGUGCGCUAUCCCGAUCGUAUCACCCUCAUCCGUGGAAACCACGAGUCGCGCCAGAUCACAACCGUCUACGGCUUCUACGACGAAUGUAUUCGCAAAUACGGCAGCGCCAAUGUAUGGCGGUAUUGCUGCGAGGUCUUCGACUAUCUGGCGCUAGGCGCUCUCGUUCUUGGUGCAAGCUCGGAACUCGAACCGACAGGACCCGCCUUGAACGAUUCUACCCAGUCCACCAUGCCGAUCGAUGAUGGGGAGCUGGAGACUGAAGUACUAAACUCGAAGGGAGAGGUCACAUACAACUCAUACCGACCCAGACAGAGAGCAUCAUCAGAUACAUCGACAGACAACAGAAACUUAUCACCGUCAAGGGACAUCUCAUCGACGUCAGGCCCGACGCCCACCAGAUCAGGAGCGCCGGGCACAGGCGCUUCGGGCAACGAAGCAGGCAGCUAUUCGAGCCGAACCGGCGCGGUCCUCUGCGUCCACGGCGGUCUCUCCCCCCUCAUCGACACAGUCGACAAAAUCCGUCUAAUCGACAGAAAACAGGAAGUUCCCCACGAGGGCGCCAUGUGCGACCUGCUAUGGUCGGACCCCGAUGAAAUCGACGGGUGGGGAUUGAGUCCGCGAGGUGCUGGGUUCCUGUUCGGCGGAGACAUCGUGAAGCAGUUCAACUACAGAAACGAUCUAUCCUUGAUUGCGCGCGCCCAUCAGCUCGUGAUGGAGGGCUAUAAGGAGAUGUUCGAUGGCGGGAUCGUCACUGUCUGGUCAGCCCCCAACUACUGCUACCGAUGUGGCAACGUUGCAUCCAUAUUGGAACUGGGCGAAGACACAAGUAACGGGGGUACCGUAACCAGGAGUAAUGGUGAUUACGGAAGGAGCAACGGUCUCAUGACAACCGAUAGGCUAGGCGUGAGAAGUCCCGGAAGAAGGUACAGGGUGUUUGAGGCUGCUGCGCAGGAUACAAGGGGUAUGCCCGCGAAGAAGCCUGUUGCAGAUUAUUUCCUGGCCGGCCCGUACCAGUUCUUUUGUGCAAGACCCAGCGAUGACUUUAGAAAGAUGAUAUUGAGCAUACUUUUUGCAUUCUGA